AUGAGGGAUUUUAUGAUCCGAAAAUCGUUUCAGUUGGUCCUUAUCACCAUGGCACCUGAGCUCAAGGAAGCGGGGAAGUUGAAGGCUGCAGUGGCAUUCGAGUUCAUUAAAGACAAUGAUCAUGAACCCGAAGUGUUCUAUAACAAAAUCUUAGAGUUGGUUGGAGAAGCUAGGGACUGCAACGCUGAGGGCUCACCGAUGAUGAUACGGCACCUCGACGGCUGUUUUCUAUUGGGUUUUAUCGAGGGCUGUGUAAAUAAAAAGGAGCUGAUUUUGACUAUUUUGUCUUGCUUCCUAGGCCUAGCAUCUCUAACUACGUUAUACAAUGACCUCAUCUUGCUGGAGAACCAACUUCCAUUCCUAGUUAUCCAUGGCCUAAUGAGCAUACGACACCUAGAAGAUGAACGAGAGAAGAUGAUCCACAGUUUCCUGCAUUCCACUUAUGCCCAUCGACCGGUGAAUAAGAAACAGGAACCUCAAGAUGAGGGGAGGCAGCCCCUUCACCUCCUAGAACUUUUGCAAGAAAAAUAUCUCAGCCACCACAAGGCAGAUGAUGGAAGAAACAAGGGAAAACACUCAAGUAGUACUCUUAGUAAGGCUUCCGAUCACUCAUUCGGUUCAGCAAUCGAACUAAAAGCAAAAAGAAUAUAUUUCAAGUCUAGUGGACCAUCAUGUUUAACAGACAUCAACUUCACUUUCUGUUGCUAUGGACAGCUGAUGCUUCCUCAUAUCGUAUCUAGCUCUAACAUUAAGUGCCUCUUCUUGAACAUGAUUACAUAUGAAAUGGCUCCUAACACAUUAACUUGCUUGGAGGUUUGCAAUUAUAUUUAUUUCAUGAAUUUACUCAUUAGUGGAGCUAACGAUGUAAUUGAGCUGCGAUCACAUUACAUAAUUGUCAAACAAUGCCAGAAAUUAAGUCAAGCAGCAAUCAGAGCGGGGUUGGGAAAGGGAUCAUUCAAUCAGGGGGAAACAAUGAUUGUGAUCCUUCCUGCAACAGUAUCUAAGGUAGAGGUUUAUGUUCCCAGAACGACCAAAAAUAGACAGGGACAUCAAGAUAAGCAGCCUCUUCACCUCCUAGGACUCGUGCGAGAAAAACAUCUUCCCCGCAACAAGGAAGAUGGGAAAGACCGAAAUGCUCCUAAUAAAGUCCUCCUUCACUCCUUCGUUUCAGCAACAAAACUUAAAGCAAAAGAAAUACAUUUCAAGUCUAGCAAUACAUUUUGUCUAACAGACAUCAGCUUCACUUCGUCCUUUGGCCAUGGACAGUGGACACUUCCUCCUAUGUAUCUGACGUGCACGUCAAGUCCCUCUUUUUGA